GAAUACUCUCCUAAAUGACCUAAAUGUAUUAUCAGAUUCUCUAGUCAGUCGAAUCAAUGGAUUGUUAGUUCUCUGCUGCAUGUCUUCGGUACUAUUCUACGUACAUGUAGUGAUCAUCCAUGUCUCUGAAGCCUCGGUUUUGGAAGCCAGGUACCGAUGGCCCUCAGAGCAAUCUACAGUUUGAGCGAACGACCGACGAGGAUGUAGCGAAGCAGUCUGUCAUCUACAACCCCAAUCAUGCAUUGUCAAUCACACAGCAACGCCAGCGUCUGCCGAUUUUCAAGUAUCGCAACAAUAUCCUGUACAUGCUGGAGAAGUACCAGACGCUGAUUCUCGUUGGCGAGACAGGAUGCGGCAAGUCCACGCAGAUUCCCCAGUACCUGUACGAGAGCGGCUGGGCAGCGGAUGGGCGCGUGAUCGGCGUCACUCAGCCUCGGCGUGUGGCAGCAACGACGGUCGCGGGCAGAGUUGCUGAAGAGAAAGGAGUGCUCCUCGGAGAAGAGGUUGGUUUCAGUAUUCGCUUUGAUGCGUGCUGCGAUGCGGCGAAGACAAGAAUCAAGUUCAUGACUGACGGGAUGUUGCUGCGGGAGAUGAUGCGUGAUCCUCUCCUCUCUCAGUAUAGCGUUCUCAUGAUUGACGAGGCGCAUGAACGCGGUCUCUACACCGAUAUCGUCGCUGGCCUACUGAAAAAGGUGUUGAAGCGACGGCCGGAGCUCAGGCUCAUUGUCUCCUCUGCCACUCUAGAUGCGGAGCUGUUUCGCAAGUUCUUCAACUUCAACACAACUCCAGAGAAGGCAUCGGACACGGCCGCGGCACUAUCAGUUGAAGGUCGCACCUACCCCGUGGAUACACACUAUGUGAAGAGCCCUGCGUCGGACUACGUGAAGGCGUCCGUCACAACGGUGUACGGCAUACACAAGGAGCAGGGACCUGGCGAUGUGCUCGUGUUCCUGACAGGUCAAGAUGAGGUGGAGGAUGUAGUGCGGCGUAUCAGAGAGCGCGCUCAAAGUCUGCCCGAUGGUGACAAUGAGCUGCUGGUUGUUCCCAUGUACGGCGGCUUACCACCUGGAGAGCAAAUGAAGGCAUUCAGUCGGACACCUCAUGGCAAGAGGAAGAUUGUGGUGGCAACCAACAUCGCCGAAGCGUCAAUCACCAUCAAUGGCAUAGUCUACAUUGUGGACUGUGGUUACGUCAAGAUCAAGGCGUACUCUCCUCGCACCGAUAUUGAAUCGUUAGUGACUGUCCCGGUGUCGCAAGCAUCCGCACAGCAGAGGGCAGGCCGUGCAGGUCGAGUGCGCUCAGGCAAGGCGUUCCGCUUGUACACAGAGGAACAGUUUCACAAGCUUGCACCCGCAGCUGUGCCGGAGUUGCAACGAACUCAACUAGCACCUGCUUUGUUGCAGCUAAAAUCAAUGGGAAUUGACAAUGUGCUGCGCUUCGAUUUUGUCUCCGCACCUCCUGCCAAGGCCAUGAUGCGAGGAUUAGAGCUGCUCUAUGCGCUAAAAGCAAUCAGUGGUGGCGGUUUGCUAGAAGAUCCUCUGGGAGUUCAGAUGGCGGAGUUUCCGCUUGGUCCUAUGUUUUCGGCUAUGCUUCUAUCCUCAGAGACAUUUGGCUGCUCGGAGGAGGCUGUUACCAUUGCGGCCAUGCUUCAAGUCCACAAUGUCUUUGUGCAGUCUCCACGCAACCGACUGGAAGCGGACAAAGCCAAAUUGAGAUUCUCGUCGCGAGAAGGCGAUCACUUGACUCUGCUCAAUGUCUACAAUGCUUUUCUUCAGUAUCAGAAGAACUCUCGUUGGUGCCAGCAGAAUUUCUUGAACCAUAAAGUGCUUUGCAGAGUCGUCGAGAUACGCGCUCAGCUGUGCAAGCUGCUGCGGCGCUGCAAAGUCAAGCUGGUCUCCAGCGGAGACGAUGCCGAGGCCGUUCAGCGUUGCGUCGUAGCAGGAUUCUUCCCCAAUGCUGCACGCUACCAUGCUUCGGGCUGUUACAAAUCAAUACGAGAAGACCAGACUCUACACGUACACCCUACUUCUGUGUUGUUUGCCUCCAAGCCACAGCCAUGGCUCCUGUUCAACGAGAUUGUGGAGACGGAUCGCAAAUACAUGAGAGAUGUCACGGUGAUCGACCCAGAGUGGCUCAUGGAGUUGGCACCACAUUUCUACCAGUUUGGAACGGAGCGAGAGGUUCACGAGUCUGCCGCGAAACGCCCGCGACUCCAAUGAUGCGCAUGUGCGUGCCAUGCUGUCACCCCCCCCCCCCCCUGUGUUCAUGACGUGUAUAUAGACAUGUGUACAUACAUGCUGUGAAAUAAUAAUUGACUGCAAUUCUUGUCGUAUGGUGUAGCUAUUCGCUGUACAUACCGCCCAUACUGUAGCCGCAGUCUGCUGUACAUACUAGUGCCUGUUGACUGUAUUCAUUCCGUGUUGCACAAAAUUAUGUUUCUGAAAUACAUCCAUGUCUCCUUGAGAGUUCUUUUUUUAUGCUGCAAAAUACUGUAUACUUUCAAAGGCCCACAAAGGUGUUCCUGACUAAUUUA